UGAAUUUAGUAUUUUCCACAAUUUUCAUGAACGCGUCAAUUUGACGACAGCGGAAGUCAAUGGGUCAAGCUUGUGGUUCGUGUUCAUAAGCGAGGCUUUUAUAAUGCACAUGGAUUCUUCUCGGCAACCCAAGAGGGUCAACCCAAAAUGGGAGGCGAAAGGCAGUCAAAGUGAGUCUAAAGCUCCCUGUCGCAAAGAUGCCUAUGCCAGACUUCUGAGCCAGCACCGCAGCAGCACCUUCACAAAAUUCCUGGAGCAAUAUGCCAAGGAGUCAUCUCUCCCUAAAGAAGACAAUGGACCUACCAGACUUCUUCAAGCUCAGAGUGACAAGAUGAGCAUACCCCAAGGAAAAAGGGAUCUAAUGCCAAAUCAUUUAUCUGAUUCCAGUGACUUUUCCCCUUCUUCCUCAAAAGAUAAAGGCGACGAUAGCUCCUUGUCAAUGUAUAUGGUGAAAUUGAGCAUUCAAAAUGCACAGAAUGACAACGAGAAGAACCCAGGUGUGUCUGAAAAGCACAGGAAGGCACAGAGAAGGGAUACUGCCACUAGCCAAGAUGGUGACAUUGAGUCGGGAGAGGAGCUAAGUUCUUCAGACCCAAAUGAUUCCAAGAGGCAGCAGCGUCAGCGGAAGAAAAAUAAAGACACCAGCAAAGAAAACCUCUCCAAAGACAGCAGCCACUUUGCUGAGAAUGCCCAAAGUAAAGCCAAUGUAACUGAACUAGAACACGAGGAGACAAGGAACAAAAAGAAUCCGUCCAAGCAGAUGGAGGAGGGGAAGCAAAAAGCUCUAACAUCUAAAUGUUCAGGUGACAGUCAUGAUUUCAACAAAGUACAAAAACCUACAGCAUCCAAUGCCAAUUUGCCUGCAGACAAGAAUAAGAACAAAGGAGGCCGAGGAUCAAGGAAACAAGUGUUCGAACCCUAUAUGACUGCUGAAGAGGUUUCGCGGGGCCUUCAAAGGGGGCAAUUUAUUCAGGGACAAUUGCGAAUAAACCCCAAGAAGUACCAUGAUGCUUUCAUCCUGUCUCCUGAUGAUACACGAGAUAUAUUUUUGGAUGGCAUAAUUGCUCGUAAUAGGGCAUUAAAUGGAGACAUUGUCGUGGUGCAAAUCUUACCUCAGGAACAAUGGAAGGUGGUGAAGUCUGAUUGUGAGGGAAUCAGUGAGGCAGAAGCCCAUAAGAAAAACCUGAUCCAAACAGCCCAAAAGAAGAUUGUACAAGCAGACCAUCUGGAAAACACCUUCACACCACAGUCCACUAGUGAAGUCUUUCAAAUGACUGCUAAAGUGGUGUACAUUGUUGAAAAGAAGCACUCAAGGGCUGUGACAGGCUCUCUGAAAUUUCUACCCGACAAGCCAUUUGCAAUGUUCUCUCCUGUGGACCACCGCGUGCCCAGGAUUAACAUUCCCCUGUCCGAUUGUCCAGAAGAUUUUAUCUCCCGCCCUGAUGAUUACACCAACACGCUCUUCAUCUGCCGCAUCACCAAUUGUCCGGCUGACAGCAACUUUGCAGAAGGUCGACUGGCGAAAACUUUGGGCCAGGCUGGGGAAAUCGAGCCGGAAACAGAGGGCAUUCUUAUAGAGUACGAUGUGGAUUUUUCAGAAUUCUCUGAUAAAGUCAUAGAUUGCUUACCCAAGAAUUUGCCUUGGAACAUCCCACCCGAGGAGCUGGCCAAGAGAAAAGACUUAAGGAAAGAGUGCAUCUUCACAAUCGACCCAGCGACCGCCAGAGAUUUGGAUGAUGCCUUGUCCUGUAAACAGCUUCCAGAUGGCAACUAUGAGUUGGGGGUCCACAUUGCUGAUGUCAGUUAUUUUGUGGAGGAGGGCAAUGAUUUGGAUCAAAUCGCCAGCCGGCGAGCCACAACUGUAUAUCUUGUCCAAAAAGUCAUCCCUAUGUUGCCAAGGCUGCUUUGUGAGGAGCUAUGCAGUUUGAACCCUCUCGCUGACAGGCUGACCUUCUCCGUCAUUUGGAAAAUCACACCAGAAGGAAAGAUUCUGAAUGAGUGGUUUGGGCGCUCUGUGAUUCGCUCGUGUGUCCAGUUGAGUUAUGAUCAUGCUCAGAGUAUGAUUGAGGCCCCUGAAAAGAAGUUUUCUGCCCAAGAGCUGCCUCCUGUGGACCCAGAGCACGACAUUGACGUGAUCCACCAAGCAGUGCUCAACCUGCAUUCCGUUGCAAAGAAGCUCAGAGCUCAGCGUUUGUCUGGAGGAGCGCUCCGAUUGGACCAGCUGAAACUCUCUUUCCAAUUGGACAAAGAGACAAUGAUGCCCCAAGGCUGCUACAUUUACGAGUACAAAGACAGUAACAAGUUGGUUGAAGAGUUUAUGCUACUGGCUAACAUUGCCACAGCUCACCAUAUAUACAAAUGCUUCCCUAAGCUUGCAUUGCUCAGACGCCACCCUCCACCCAAGACUAAGAAGGUGGAGGAGCUACAAGAGCUGUGUGAUGAGCUGGGCUUAGACAUUGACAUUUCUUCUGCCGGCGCAUUGAAUAAGAGUCUACUUUCCAUUCUUGGUAAAGAUCAAUAUUCCAUUGCCCGGAAGGAAGUGCUCACCCACAUGUGCUCCAGAACAAUGCAGAUGGCAGUAUACUUUUGUGCGGGGGUAUUUGAGGAGGAAAAGCUUUUUAAGCAUUACGCCUUGAAUGUUCCUCUUUACACUCACUUCACAUCACCCAUCAGACGAUACGCUGACAUCUUGGUGCACAGACUGCUGGCAUCUUCACUGAACUGCGGUCCCAACUUAGCACUGUCAACAGAGGAAAUCAAAAAACAGGCUUCACGCUGCAAUGACAAAAAAACUGCAUCCAAGAGAGUGCAAGAGCUGAGCUCUGAGCUCUUUUUCGGAGUUUUUGUAAAGGACUGUGGCCCCCUGGACUCCGAGGCCAUGGUGAUGGCCGUGUUGGAUCAGUCCUUCGAUGUGCUGGUUCUGCGCUAUGGAGUGCAAAAACGCAUCUACUGCAAGUCUGUCACCGGCCUGGCCUCGUUCCAUCAUCGCAAGGUCAGGAAACAAUCUGAGCUGACCCUCCUGUGGAAACCAGAGGACCCACAAGCACCUCCAUUUGAGCAGGUCAUUUCCAUCUUCACACUAGUAGAGGUGCAACUCAAAGCCGACAGCGUGCCCACAAAGUGCAGCGCGUUACUCAAGAGGCCCAAUGCGAUACCCCACUGAGUAUUUGACACGUCAUGGAAGCAGUGUUAUUGUUUUACACAUGGACACUAUAAUGCAUCGGACAUUGUAACUUGAAGAAAGAAAGGCUAAAAAAAAACUUUGAACUUGCUAAUUAAUGCUAGUAUGCCGAUGUAUAGUGUAAAAGGUAGAAAAGACAGAUUACAGACACUGUAUUUUUAAUUUAAUAUAAUAUAUUUUAUAGUCUUAGGAUACAGGAAGUUCUUUUGGUAAAAUCUAAAUGAUUGUAAUGAGUUUUAUAGGUUGCGUGGCUUUAGCCCCAAGUACAUGAGAGCUUUUACUAAUUUAGGUUAAUACCGCAAACAGCAUUUCCAGAAAAUGGCUUGUACACAAAGCUGAAAGCAAACUCUUGCUACUCAUUUGUCCGCUAACAGGCUCAAUAAGUUGAAUCCCUGCCUAGUUUUUAUUUUAAGAUUUGGGGUAAACUUGAAUAUAAAUUGCUGCUGAACAUGGUUACCGUUUUACGCUGUCUUAUAGCUAGUUUUCUUUUUUUUAUUUUAAAUCUUUUAGACAUUUUGACCUUUUACUUUUGAAUAAGUCUCCGUUAUACCUUACAAGUACCUAAAAUACUAGUAAAAUAGUACAUGUAGAGUUUAACUGAACUGUGCCAUUUUAUUUUAAACAGUGUUUUCUUAUUUCUUCUCUUUAUGAUGCAUGCAUUGUUUUUGUUUUGCUCAGUCUGAGCUUUAAAUGUACCGUCUUUUUCCAUGUAUAAUGCGCAAAAUUUAACUAAUUUAUUGUCCUAAAAUCUGGGGUGCGCAUUAUACAUGGGUAGGUACAACAAUUUUUGAAGAGAAUCUCCCUCAAAAUAAAACUUGAAAUCAC